CUGAUUGGCGGAGCCGAGCGAGGCGGGAAGCGGCGCCUGAGGCGUCCCUCAGAGCCCCCUCAGCGCCCGUCAGAGCCGCCCGCGGCCCCUCAGGCUCCCCUCAGAGCUCCCUCAGGGCCCCCCGCGGCCCCCCGGCGCCAUGUCGGUCAGCCCCAUGGCCUACGAGGCGCAGUUCUUCGGGUUCACGCCGCAGACCUGCAUGCUGCGCAUCUACCUGGCGUUCCAGGACUACCUGCUGGAGAUGAUGGCGGUGGUGGAGGGCGUGGUGCUGAAGAAGCUGGAGGCCUCGCCGGGCGGCAGGGUGAGCCGCCUGGACGUCAGGAAGAGCACCGAGAAGUUCCUGCGCUUCAUGAAGGAGCACUUCGACCAGCUCUUCGGCAAGAUGGAGGAGGUGCUGCUGCAGCUGGUGCUCAGCAUCCCCCCACAUGUGCUGCUGCCCGAGGACAGGGUGCACCGGCAGUACCCCUACAGCCGGGAGCAGUUCCAGGCGCUCCAGGACGAGGCCUCUCACCUGCAGCAGCGGUGCAGGGCCGAGGCGGCCGCCGGGCAGGCGCUGCGAGCCGAGCUGCAGGAGCAGAAGGCCGUCCAGGCCGAGCUGGAGAGGAUCCUGCAGUGGUUCGAGGGGCUGGAGAACACCUGCCGGGAGCACGGCACCAGCAACGUCAGGGAGAGCUUCACCUUCCUGACACAGAACUCGAAGAAGCUGCAGGACGUGCUGAGAGAGGUCAAGGAGAAAAGCAAGAAGAUAAAGAGGGGAGACGAGUGACUGGGAUGGACGCUCCGAAAAGGAGGCAAAAAACGUGCAGACAGCUCGCCUGUAACGAUAGCGGCUUAGCUUCCUGCAAGCAUUGCCCCGAUGCCUUCGCUCCUCUGAUCCUGCCAGCACCUGGACUGAAAGCUGCUGUGCUUCUGCUGACCUCUGUCAGUGUGUGCCGACUUGGCAAGUACGGGAGUAGGGAGCGGAACAAAGCCUUGGUUUUCUGCCGAGUGUAGCUCUGAGAGUAGUGACUGAAAAUGAAUUUUUGGUGGGAUGACUUGACAGAGGGUAUCUUUGCGGCCUUAAUGUUAACUUUGAACACAAUGUAGCAUUUGUUUAUUUUAAUAUUUACUAAAAAAUAAAUAAAUACAGCCAUAAGAAUG